AUGGAGUUCCUUACGAAGAAGGUGCCCAAGUUGACUGACAUCGUGACAUUCGGAUCAGUCUGCACCGUUUACGUGGAUGCAAGAAACAAGUCGCUCGGAGAUCGCGGAGGGGCGGCCAUCGUCAUCAGCAAAAGCGAUGAGACGAAGGGGUACAAGGUGUUCGUUCCCAAGGACAAGGUGAUCUUGGUGACUCAGCACGUUCAAAACAUUGAUUCGUUGUCGUCCGAUGAGCACCUUGACCCGCAUCAAGAUGGAAUACGCCGCCAGGAGGGGUCGACGAUGGUCAACCGGCUAAAUGCUCAGGGACAACGAAACAACAAGAGACGUACCGACAAGCAUCGCAAGUUUCGUGAACCUAGUUAG